AUGUCUGACCGCACGCUCACCCUCCUGCUCGCGACUGGUGCGACGUUUGCCUGCGCCUCUCUGGUGGCCCGCGUGCGCUCUCGCGCCGCACGACGCCUUACCAUGAGCGGAGCCGCAGAGCCAGCCGUGCGCUGGGCGCUCGACGACGAUGCGAGAACCGCUGCGUCAGCUGACCAGGCACACAUCCUGGCUCAGGCAUGGGGCUCAGAUCCCGAGAUUGGAGUCUUUGGCGGCACGCUUUGCGCGGAGCCGUUCGUCCGCACGACGACCGAUGGGCUCGUGAUGCACGGCUCACUCGCCUACUGCACCGGCGGCGGCCUGCGUGAAGGAUCUCCACGGCCGGGCGUGUGCUUAGUGCACACCGCCGUCGGCCCGCAGGAAGCUCGCUCAUUCGUGAACUCAUUCGUUCACUACUACUACGUCCAUGAGAGUGACUCUUGCACCCAGGACCUGUACCUUCGCUGGCGCGCGCACGCGCUCGCAACGCGCGGCUACGUCGUCCUGAUCGCCGAUCUGCUGGGCGACCCGCACGGCGAUGGCUGGGAGCCCGCCUGGCGCACGCGCGAGGCGCUGCAGCAGCUGGCCGAGUCGCCGCUGGUCGACGCGUCGCGCCUAGCGCUCGUCGGGUGGUGCUUCGGCGGCCGGGCGGUCAUGGAUGCGUGCACGCCGGCGCCGCCGGGCCUCCGCGCCGUCGUCUCCUUUCACGGCGUGGUCGACGGCUACGUGCCGCAUGACUUGACCGCUACGGGAGGCUCGGAAGGCUCGGCGGGGGCAGAGGCAGUGGCUGCGCCGCCGAUCACGGCACGGGCCCUUCUCUGCCACGCCGAGGCCGACCCGUUUGUGCCGCGCGACGGCGUCGACGCUUGCUUGGCGGCCCUCGGCGAGCGGGGCUGCCGCUGGGAGCUGCAGGCAUUUGGCGCUGCCGGCGGCGCCAGGCAGCGAACUUCACCGCCCCCGCACUCGUUCACCAAUCCGGCGCAGGCGCUCAACGAGAACCCCGCCUUUAGCUACGACGCGCGCGCCGACGCCGCUUCGUGGGCUGCAGCGAGAGAGCUGCUCGCGGACGCUCUUGGCUCAUAG